AUGUGCCCUGACUGGGAAUCGACUGGCAACCUUUCUGUGCAUGGAUGAUGCUCAACCAACUGAGCCACACCGACGAGAACACGCCUGGUUUUUCUGAACUAACCCUGACACCAUGUCCAGCUUUCGUUCUUGCCAUUCAUCUCUUCAUACCUGGGUCCAGCUACAUGGGGCAUGGGUUGGAAUUGGAGCCUCUCCUGGUACCUGACUACACCCAGCACCAUGUGGCUACUAACGGCUCUUCAAUCACCUAUUGAUGCCUCCCCGAAAAAAACGCCGCCAAACAUCCCAGAAAGCCCAGCUGCUAUUCCACCAACAGCCCCUGGAGGGCCCCAAACACCACUAUAGAUCGCCACAGCUUCCCAUCACCCACACUAGACAGGUGCCCAGCAAGCCCAUUGACCACAACACCAUCACUUCCUGGGUAUCACCUCAGUUUGAUACAACAGCAGAAAGCUGGUUCCUAGCCAACAGGAAAGGGAAACAACAUCACCGAGACCAGCCAAGACAUUCAAAUCGAAAAUCUGCCACCUCCAAGUUUCCACAUCUAACAUUUGAGAAUCCACAGUCUUCUUCCAGUUCAGCCACACUUGGAGGCCCCUUAAUCCAGGAGAGCCCCGAUCACUCAGUAAAGGACAUUUCCGGAAGGCCCAUAGUUCCAAUGCUCAGUCCCCCAAGCUAUGGGGAAAUGUCAGCACAUGAACUUCAAAACUUACCUUAUAUGUUCAUUGCACCUGAUAUCCAGACCCCAGAGUCAUCUUCUGUGAAGCAGGUGGGGCUUCCCCCAGAUCAGAAGGAAAACAGCCUGCCAAGCUGCUCCCUUCACACUAGCACUCCUGAGAGCCCAGAGCCUGGGCCUGUUCUGGUUAAAGACACCCCUGAAGAGAAGUAUGGGGUGAAGGUCACGUGGAGGAGACGACGGCACCUGUUCACUUACCUCAGGGAGAGAGGGAAGCUCAGCAAAAGCCAGUUCCUUGUGAAAAACUGACUGGAUUACAUCAGUAAUCUCAAGAAAUUGAUUGCUGCUGUUCAUAGAGUUGCUAAAGUUACUUUUCUGACUUACAGAAGAGUUCAUCAAUAGAAUAAAAUGGAAAUAAUACCAAUAACAUCAAGAAAAAAAGGUAUUUUAACCAGAACCUUGGAUGGAAUUCAGUUCCAAGAUUUGCUUUUUAAAAUUUAUAAACAGUUUUUAGUGUUUUAUAUUUUUCUUGUAUUAACUGUUUAAAAUUUUAAAAUAUCUUGUAGUAACUGUUUAAAUUGUGUUUAAAUAAAUGAUUGCAGAAAGUUUUUGGAGAACCCUGCUUCUGACUGCCAAUAAUGCAGCAACACUGCCUCUGCCACUAAAGGUCUUAAUUGUUUGAUUUAACCACUACCCAUUAACCCUUUAAUCACCUUAUUCAAACUAAUUCAUUCCACAUUUUUGAGUACCAACUCUGUUGUGCUCAGUGGCAGCUUCCUCUAUGAUCCCAUGGAUGGAAAAAAAUCAAAGCAAAUUCUGACUUUAUAGUUGAGCCGACACCUGUGCAACUUUGGCUCUCCUGUUGAAAGGCAAGAUGACGAAAGGCAGCAAGCCCUGUUUUAGUGGCUGUUGUAGAAUCAGGAAGAUAAAGGGAGCAUACUUAGGUUUGCUGUUUUGAUUUUUUACUUCCAACCAAAAAAUUCUGUAAAUAUUAAAUAGAAUGACAAAAUGAUUUCUUGGAGUAACUGUUUAAAACAGGGGUCCUCAAUGCCGAAACCGGUUUGGCUCAGUGGAUAGAGCGUCGGCCUGCGGACUGAAAGGUCCCAGGUUCGAUUCCGGUCAAGGGCAUGUA